AGAUUAAAACCAAUUAUACCUAGUCUUAAUCCUUUUAAUUUAGUAAGGAACGACCUUAACCGUAUGAAAACGGUGUAGUGUGCUGACGCAGGCUGGCGGAACUUUCAUAUUUCAUUUUACGUAACGUUUCGGGAACAGCAGUGACAUUUCAGGCAUGCUAUUAGGGAGCGGGGUAGCGAGCGCCGGGCGGCGGCGUCGUACGGCGUCGUAGGUCGUGACGCGCCCGAGUGACGUCACUGGCGAGGGUGGAGGGUGCGACAGCCGGCAGGGCAAGGGUAGUCACCCCCCAGUGAAAGUCGGCCCGACGGCGUCAGUACAGCCUGGCUCGUCGAUCGGCUCGUACACUUUGCUCGUCGUUCGUCUAUACACACCGAUCACUUAACCUAUAAGCCCAUGUAUCGCAGAUUUAAUAUUAAUAUAAUACACGAAAAUACUAUAUAAUACUAAAACUCGAAGAGACACAAAUGUCCUUGUUCGUUACAGUGUGUGAAAAGUUGUUAAAGUUUGAGUGCAGAGCUUUCGCGCUUGAUUGUUUUGGUAUUAUCUAAAAACUAAUAUGUUAGAUUAUCAAUAAACGUUAUUAAUCAAGUGGCACAUAUCAGGAAAAUUGAAGUGAUUUAGGACCGGUAUGCUAUACAGUAUUAGAAACUGUCCGAAUGCGUGUUGAUUUACAAUAAACGUUUUACAUGACGCUGUAAAAUCGCAAAACACUAUAAAUAAUCGUAUAACCUACUUAAAGUGACCAUGAAGUGAAAUAUUGUGGCUAACUAACUUUGCCGAUUGUGAAGUGCGACCCUUUCUAAACAACAAGGCGGCGUGGAAACUUUAAUUACGGUUUCGGACGAAACCCUUCAGGUGUCAGCUAGACUAAGUGAUGACCUACAAGAACAAAUAAUGAGGCCUUCGACUCCUGUUAACCCAAACUUUUUAUUUACAAUCUAAUUUCAGCGCCGAUGCACGAAAGCAGCUAAAAAUAGUCGGGGUUUGCGCGCUCGUGUCUGCCCGCAGCCGGUCCGCGUUUCUCCCUACACUAUUUCUGUCUUAUAGGAAAGCAAUAAGAUAUUCUACAUGCAAAAGAAUACCAGUGUACUGUUCCCCUGUAGAUAAUGAGAAAAGUGCGUAAAAAGAAGCCGGUAGUCGCGAGGAGAGUGAUGAGUGACUGAUGGUGUUGUUAUAGUGUUUACGAAGUUAUUAUUGUGCCUGAAUUGCAACGCAUUCGCUAUAAGCAUGGCGCUUGUAAUGUUACCUUGUGAUCUACCUUGGUGGACGUCAGUACAGCGACACUUAAAGCAUCUACUUCUGGCGUCCUCCCCGGCUAAGCUGACUUCUAACAUGUUAAAAAUACACGAAAUGUGCAACAUAGGUAUAGAUCCUGAUGACGAUAUCAAGGACCCAGAGCUGAUGAAGGGGCUAGAGGUUUUCAUGGAGGAGGAGAUGACGGAGGAGGAACGGAGGCACUUCCUCGACAACACUAUACGGAUCAUGGUGAACAAGGCGCUGCACCUCAAGCGCUGGCGACCGCCCAAAGGACUCAUGUUCAGUUUGCAACAACAAAGUGAUGUAACAGAACUAGAGUACAAUUUUGUAUCGUCGCUGGUGGCGCACGCAUUCUUCUCCACGAAUCCGAAGCGCACGCAGAAGACACAUCCCACCUUGCAAGACUUCAAUUUUACACAUUUUUUUAAGAAUUUACACAGAAAAUCGCAGAGGAACAAAUUAAAAAGUUUGCUCCACUACUUCGAAUGGUUAGAUAAGAGUAGCAACGAGGGAUCCAUUAAGUUAAGCAGACAGGUGAUGACUUCAAAACAGUGGUUAACCAUAGAGGACUGGUUAGAAUGCAGUUUACCGCUGUGCAAGCUGCUAGUGAGGCACGAGGGCCGGCCGGAGCGGUGCGAGAACGACGAAGCUAUCCGUGUGUGCUUCGCGUCCAGCCGCGUCGGCGGAGACACGCUCAUUGAUGGGGAAUCACAGGAGUCACUAUCAAUGUUCAUGAUGCCGGAGCUGCUGCCCGCCAUGUUGUCGGUGGAGGCACUGGAAGACAACGAGGUGCUGAAGGUGGAGGGCGUCAGACUGUUCAGCAGGAUCUGCGACAAACGACAGAAAACCAAAGUCGAACUAUUGGAUGAUCCUAAAACGGUGACGGUAUGCCUAAUGGACGCGGAGGACUACAGCAAGCUGCCUCUCGGCCAGUGGGAGGAGGACAAUGUCCUGCGGGAGCUCAACAAGUGCCUGCUCGCCUUCCAGCAGACGCCCAUGAAGACCAGGGACGGUACCAGGCAUGAGAGGAGACUGUCGCCUAUAGGUGAAUCCUGCAGCCACACCCCUCCGGAAGUAGAAGCCACGGUGGUCAUCAAGCAGGCGUCGUCGUGCAGCACCAUCAACAGCUACAACAGCCGCAGCCCCUCGCCGCAGCACUACUGCGCCGAAACGCUCAACCUCAACGAUCCUAGUGUAGAAUUAUCAAAAAAGAAGUGCUGGCUGUCCCCGGACGGCGGCAUGUUGAACAACCGCCGCGGCCGCUUCAUAGUGCUGGGCUCGUCGGGCGAGUGCCUGCCCGUCACGCGCCUGCCGCCCGCGCAGGACGCGCAGCAGGACAGCCUGUACUCCUCCUGCAACUCCAGCGACGACGAGUUCCAUAGUGCUAACGAUAGUUUUGAUUACGGUAGCGAAGACGAGGGUCGCGGCGAGAGCGCCCGCCCCAAUUCAUUCCAGUACCUGAAGGAAUUGUCGACGGAGGAGCGGCGCCUGAGCUUCGCGUCGCGGCUGCGGGAGGCACUGCGCCGCGAGGCCGACACCUCCGCCACCACCAGCACCGGGGACUGGUCCACCGACAGCUCCAGCUACGCCGUCGGUAUCAGCAUAUCCGGGGCUGGAGUACAGGAUAAUGAUAUUAGAGUAAAACGCGGCGGCUCAGUAGGCUUCGUCCUGACUGAGAAGGAGACGCUCAGUAACGGCGAGCCCUCGCCGCGGCGGCGUCCGCUCGGCAGGAAGGACACCGGGAACAGCUCCAAGUACAGCUUCAGCACUGAAUACACAUCUGAGCUAGAAGAAGUGUAUGAGCAGUUCAACCAGUGGCUCAACGACCCCAUCGUCGACGCAGACUCCGGCGAACACAAAAAUCGGGAGUUAGACUCCCGUGACUUGGCUGUGAUAAGGUUCGCAGGGUCGCUGCUGAAGCGCACGCUGUCGGAGUCGCUGGCGGUGGGCGGCGGCGGCGCGGAGGCGGCGGAGCUGUACGGGCGCGAGCCGCGCGCGCUGCCGCCGCGCCCGCUGGCGCUCGCCGCGCGCUCGCUCUCGCUGGAGCUGGCCAGGCACAAGCACAGGCUGGCCGCGCAUCUCAAACGUAAAGUUAAAGAAUCUAUUCCGGAGGAGAUAUUAGAGGGCACGCGAGCGAGCGAGACAGCACACACUGACGGAGAGAUCAGAUCUAACGCCAGCUCGGCUGACAAGCGAGAGAGCAAGCUCGCUAACCCCGGUCUCCGGAAGAAAAAGUUGAACUGGAUGAUAAAUAUGAUCGUAGAGACCAUUGAAGAGACCGUCGAAUGCGAACCGGUCACUGUAAAGCUAAAGAAACCGAAGUUGUCGCAGUUGGCGCACAAGAUCGUGUCGGGCGGGUCGUGCCGGCCGGUGGCGACGGGCAACUGGGGCUGCGGCCGCCGCCUGCGGGGACAUCCGCAGCUCAAGCUGCUGCUGCAGUGGCUGGCGGCCAGCGUCGCCGGCGUGCCUGCACUCAUCUACUACACGUUCGGAAACGAGAAAUUAUUUAAGCUCGACACCCUCGUCCGAGUGUUAGUGGAUAGGAAGUGGACAGUGGGCCAGCUAGCGCGUGCGGUGCUCAAGUUCGCGCGGCAAACGCUCAACGAGCCGCAUGUGAUCCCCGACAACCACUCGCUGUUCGACGAACUCAUAGGCAUCGAGAAAAUACCGGACGACACAUAGCUAACACUUUCAUACGUAGCAUAAGGAUAUAUACUUUAUCCGGGCUAUACCCGGAACUUGUCACUGGUUUGUUUGUUAAAAGACUUCGAUUGUAACAGACGACACGGAAUAGUAAACAAAUGGAGAGAAACAAGACGUGGUGCUGCAAUACUGGCGGAUUUUUCAAACAUCUUAUAUCUAUUUAUAACAAUAAUCUAUUAUUUUUCGGACAAAACUUACUGUAAAAUCCCCACUUUUUGUAAGACCUUUAAAUGUUUGCUCAAGUAAUCAACUUCUGUCGCACCUAUCGUCCGGUGCCUAUACUCGCGAAUGGUACUCGUUCCUACUAUAACAUAACUGCUCCACUUGUUGACUAGUUUGUGACGCGCAAGAGGUACCUAUGUAAGCUUCGUUCGGUCACUCCACUAUAAACUCAUUAAUGCAUUUAUGUUAUUCCGUCAUCAUAAUAUUCAAUAGUAAGGUGGUUCAACUGUGUCUUAUUUUAAAUAAUGUUUGUGGAUUUUUAGAUAUUUUUACGAAAUAGGUACAUAAAGCAAUAUUAGUGUUUGACUCGAUAUAAAAUACAAACUAAAAAAAAAGUAUUUUUAUACAAAGCUAUCGAUUAAAGUACAACUAUAAAGUUUAUCUAAUGUAAGUUUUAUGAAUAAAUUGUUAAUAAACUUGAAUAAAAACAUUAUAAAGGUGAUUUUUAACAAUUAAAAAUACAUUUACAUAAUUUAUAGGGCAGUGCUAAUAUUAAGACUGUGUACUGUUUAUAUAGAUUUCCAAAGUUUACCGACUUCCGAUUUUUUACUACUGCGGUAUGUAUUUAUCCUAACGAAGUUAGAAGUCAUAACAAUAUAAUGUUUGUAAAUAUUGGAUUACGUGCUAUUUCUAAACCAUCACAAUUGUUUACGUAGCUUGACAAUACUAUCCUGUUAGUGAUAAUGACAUCGGCACUUGGUUCCCUGGUAUGGUGUCUUACAGUGUAAAGACUUGAUUCGACAAGGUCUUCCAUAGCAUGAAUCUCAAUGUGUCCAAAGUUGUUAAUUUUGAAGUGAAACUAUAGAAUUUUCAAACGGGAUGUGUAAUAAAAUAAUGCGUCACA